AUGGAUGGAAAGCAGAUGACACAGAACUAUUCAACAAUUUUUGCAGAAGGUAACAUUUCACAGCCUGUACUGAUGGAUACAAAUGCUGUGCUUUGUUGCCCUCCUAUCACAUUAAGAAAUUUGAUCAUAAUAACAUAGGAAAUAAUCCUGAGAGGCCAGCCUUCCUGCACAAAAGCCUACAAGAAAGAAACAAACGAGACCAAAGAAACCAACUGUACUGAUGAGAGAAUAACCUGGGUCUCUAGACCUGAUCAGAAUUCGGACCUUCAGAUUCGUCCAGUGGCCAUCACUCAUGACGGGUAUUACAGAUGCAUAGUGGUAACACCUGAUGGGAAUUUCCAUCGUGGAUAUCACCUCCAAGUGUUAGUUACACCUGAAGUGACCCUGUUUCAAAGUAGGAAUAGAACUGCAGUAUGCAAGGCAGUUGCAAGGAAGCCAGCUGCCCAGAUCUCCUGGAUCCCAGAGGGAUCUAUUCUUGCCACUAAGCAAGAAUACUGGAGCAAUGGCACUGUGACUGUUAAGAAUACAUGCCACUGGGAGGGCCACAAGUCUACCGUGACCUGCCAUGUCUCCCAUUUGACUGACAACAAGAGUCUGUCCAUAAAGUUGAAUACAGGUCUCAGAACCUCAGGAUCUCCAGCAUUGUCCUUACUGAUCAUUCUUUAUGUGAACUCUCUUUUUGUGCUCAUUCUGGUCACCACAGGAUUUGUCUUCUUCCAGAGGAUAAAUCAUGUCAGGUAG